GAAAAAGGCUUGGAUCGGGACGUCCUGCUUCUACGCUCCCACUGGAUAUAUCUGAACUAACUGCUAUCUUUGGACAAAUGGUCUAAAAGGGAAAAGUCAUAUAAGUCAGAAGCAGGUCCAUGUUUUGGGGAUGAAGCUCCAGCGGGACAUGCACUUCCUCCUCCUGCUGAGCCUGCUGGGACCAGCCUCAUCCCAGGUUAACCCAGGAGUGUGUAGGUAUCCUCUAGGGAUGUCAGGAGGACAGAUCCAGGAUGAGGACAUCUCUGCCUCCAGUCAGUGGUCCGAGUCCACAGCCGCACGAUACGGACGGCUAGACUUUGAGGAGGGGGAUGGGGCGUGGUGUCCCGAGAUCACCGUAGAGCCAGAUCAUCUGAAAGAGUUUCUUCAGAUUGACCUAAGAUCUCUGCACUUCAUCACUCUGGUGGGUACCCAAGGGCGACACGCGGGUGGCAUCGGCAAUGAGUUCGCCCAAAUGUACAAGAUCAAGUACAGCCGCGACGGGAGCAGGUGGAUCUCCUGGAGGAACAGACAGGGCAAGCAGGUGAUUGAAGGAAACAGAAAUGCCUAUGACAUCGUCCUGAAGGACCUGGAGCCUCCGAUAGUUGCCCGGUUUGUGCGUUUUAUGCCUGUGACGGACCACUCCAUGAACGUAUGCAUGAGGGUGGAGCUGUACGGCUGCGAAUGGCUUGAUGGUCUGGUCUCAUAUAAUGCUCCCACUGGAGAACACAUGACUUUGGCUGGCUCCUCUGUUUAUCUGAACGAUUCUGUCUAUGACGGAGCACUCGUUCACAGUAUGACAGAGGGCCUGGGCCAGCUCACUGAUGGAGUGUGUGGUUUGGAUGAUUUCACAGUCAGUCGUGUCUACAAUGUGUGGCCUGGUUAUGACUAUGUGGGCUGGAACAACGAGAGCUUUCCAAAUGGAUAUGUUGAAAUCAUGUUUGAGUUCGACCGCACACGCAAUUUUACCUCCAUGAAGGUUCACUGUAACAACAUGUUUUCAAAGCAUGUUAAAGUCUUCAGACAGGUGGUGUGCUACUUCAGGUCGGACUUGGACUGGGAGGUUUCGCCCCUGAGCUUUAGUCCAGUGGAGGACCCGAAAAACCCCAGUGCACGGUUUGUGACUGUGAACCUGGCCCAUCACAUGGCCUCUGCUAUCAAGUGCCAGUUCUACUUCUCAGAGGCCUGGAUGCUCUUCAGCGAGAUCACCUUCCAGUCAGACACUGCAAUGUACAACACUACACUGGCGCCACCAAAGACUAAUUUACCAACAAAUACACAACCAGAGGACGACCCCACUCACAAAGUGGACGACAGUAACACUCGCAUUUUGAUUGGCUGUUUGGUGGCUAUUAUCUUCAUCCUUGUGGCUAUCAUCGUCAUCAUUUUGUGGCGACAGGUGUGGCAGAAAAUGCUGGAAAAGGCCACUCGGCGGAUGCUGGAUGAUGAACUAACUGCUAGUUUGUCAAUACAGAGCGAGACGUUCACCUACAGCCACAACAACAACCCUCAGUCCAGUUCAGUCAGUGAGCAAGAGUCCAGCUCCACCUACGAGAGGAUCUUCCCCUUGGGCCCAGACUACCAGGAACCCUCCCGACUCAUAUCCAAACUGCCUGAGUUUGCACAGACCUCAGAGGAGCCAGCAUCUUCCAGCACAGCUGCUUCUAAGUCCACCACAUCUACUGUGGUCCAAGAUAGCGUCCCUCACUACGCAGAGGCGGACAUUGUAAAUCUACAAGGAGUAACUGGGGGCAACACAUAUGCUAUCCCCGCUGUUACCAUGGACCUGCUCUCAGGGAAAGAUGUGGCCGUGGAAGAGUUUCCACGAAAAUUACUGACAUUCAAAGAAAAACUUGGAGAAGGACAGUUUGGAGAGGUGCACUUGUGUGAAGCAGAGGGGAUGCAAGAGUUUAUGAAUAAAGACUUUAAAUUUGACUACCCUGAGGAGGAGCCUGUUUUAGUGGCUGUAAAGAUGCUUCGCUCAGAUGCUAAUAAAAAUGCAAGAAAUGACUUCCUAAAAGAAAUAAAGAUCAUGUCUCGUCUGAAGGACCCAAACAUUGUGCGUCUUUUGGCUGUGUGCAUAUACAGUGACCCCCUAUGUAUGAUCACAGAGUACAUGGAGAACGGAGAUCUCAACCAGUUUCUAUCAAAGCAUGAGCCUGAGGGACAACUGGCUCUGCUCAGCAAUGCACCCACCGUCAGUUUUGAGAACCUGUGCUACAUGGCUACUCAGAUUGCAUCAGGGAUGAAGUAUCUGUCCUCCUUGAAUUUUGUCCAUCGCGACCUGGCCACCAGAAACUGUUUGGUGGGAAAGAACUACACCAUAAAAAUAGCCGAUUUUGGCAUGAGCCGAAACUUGUACAGCGGGGACUACUACCGCAUCCAGGGAAGAGCAGUGCUGCCCAUUCGCUGGAUGUCCUGGGAGAGCAUCCUGCUGGGAAAGUUCACUACUGCGAGUGAUGUGUGGGCAUUUGGUGUGACUCUGUGGGAGAUUCUGAACUUCUGUAAAGAGCAGCCGUACUCUCAGCUCACAGAUGAGCAGGUGAUCGAGAACACAGGAGAGUUCUUCAGGGACCAGAAACGACAGAUCUACCUGCCCCAGCCGGUCCUGUGUCCAGACGCUCUGUACAGGGUCAUGCUCACCUGUUGGAGGAGGAACACCAAAGAUCGGCCCUCCUUCCAGGAAAUACACCGAGCCCUUUUAGACAAAUCAUGUUUAACUGAAGAGGAUGACAGCGUUUAGGACAGUAUUGCCUGUGGAUGAUCCAGGUUUAAGCUAAUAGUUUUCAGUAAAAAGACUCCAUUUACAACUUUGAACUGAACAUUAAGCUAUAUGCGUGAAUUCAACCAGGAAGACUGUAUUUCCUUUUUCUUCUUCCUACCACCUAUCACCUGACCUGUUGCUGCCAAUCACAACCUCUCAUCUGUAAGUCUUUCUCCCUCCACCGCAGCAGCAAAACCAUCAGCCUCUUCAGACUACCCUGAAUGACUUGCGUAUAGUCAAUUACACCACAAUGAGCAAAUGUACAGGACAAAAUAAACUUUAAAUAGAUCUAAAAUGUUGAGGAAGCUAAAUUAAAAUGUAGCAAUGACUAUACUGCACUUUUUGAUUUAAUUGUGUGUUUCUGAUGUUAUAUUUUGGAAGACUGCUUGAAUGUAGAAAGAGUGCAGAAUUUCAUCUCAACUUCUCACAAACGGCGCACAUCGGCAAACAACAUCUGUGACAUCGUCUUGCAGUGAUUUUAUUUUGUAUGUGACUGUAU